AUGGAGUCGCCCCAGCUGGCAGCUCAGUUCAACUCUGCGCCGCGAGGACGAGCAGGAGGACAGCAGCCGUCGACAAUGUACCACGACCUGACGCGCGCGAUCUCGGACAUCUUCGGCGGGGACGAUAAGCCCCAACCCCAGCCACAAGGGCCGCACUACGCCUCCCAUUCUCAGCUCAGUCUCGACCCGAGGUCCCAGCAAUACGCCUCGCGUUCGCAGUUGAGCCUGAACCCCGGCUCGCAGUACGCGUCGCGGAGCCAGUUGAGUGUCGCAAAUGACGCAAGUGCGCCGAGCGCGUUCGCAUCCAAGACGAGCCUGGCCCAGCCGGACGCGGCAUACUUUAGCGGCUCGACGACAUCACUGAACGAUCCGAGCAAGGGCUAUCACUACAAGCGGCGACAGCACAGUGACGAGCUGUGCACGCUCUCCAAGCCCAUGACGAGGCGCAGCGUCUCGGACGCGCCCUACCCGCGCCCCAUGAUAACUGCGAGUUCAUCCUACCCUCCGCCUCGGCCAACGCACGAUACGCAGCUUUCCAAGCGCCCCUCCUACCCGCCCACGUCUUCCGAUGCUUCGAGCAGCCCCGAGAUCCUCACGCCGCCAAACUCUCAGAGCAAGGGCAGGCGGAAGAUGCCCCCGAUUUAUGUUGCUUCGUACGCCGAGCCGGACCCGGCGGGAGCCGACUAUGCGCAGGGGGUGUACUCUGAUCCGAUGUAUGCGGAGCAGCAGUACGAGGAACCAGAUCAGAUGGACCCGCACCAAGCCUGGACGAACGAUUACACCGAGCUCACGGACUUUGCCCAGUCGCCGACCGCGGCCAUGUUCCCGAAGAAGAUGAGCAUUGUCGAGCCAGCGCCACUCGCCCCGACGGCCGAACCUGUCAUCUAUGAUAAAGACUACGCGCAGUUGGAAAGGACGGGAAUCGUGACGCCACAAGGCCCGCCAUCCGCCCUCAGCACUUCCCCCCCCCUCAGGUCCAUCCAUUUCCGAUCCAUCGUCAGGACCGACGAGACUGCCUCCCGCACCCGGAGCGCCAGCGACUUCUGCCCCGGUACCGAAACCCCUGCGGCUACCGCAGCUCCAGAGCACACCGAAACCGGCACCGCCGAGAUCGCGAGGGCCCCCCGCGAUCCGUGGACCUCCGCCGCCGCAGCAGGCGAGCUUGGCACACCUAGCAGCGCAGGAGAAGGCGCGCAUCGCCGUGAAGUUGGCCCAGCAGCAGGCCGCGCACGCCAAGAUGGUAUCGUUCUCGGACACUACGCCUUAUGCGCGGCAACGGAGCCAGAAGAAGAGCGAUCGGGAGGCAUUCCAGGCUGCCAUGAGGCGAGAGGGUAG